CCCUCUACUCUCACUCUCUGCAACACCGACAUUAGUCACUUUGCUCCCUAGCUUCUUCAACAAUGGCGUCGUUCCGCUGCAACCUCCUCCUCCUCGCCCUCCUCGCCCUCGCCGCCGCCGUCUCCGCCCACAACAUCACUGCCAUUCUCGACGCCGCCCCCGAGUACAGCCAGUUCAACUCGUUCCUGACCCAAACGAGACUCGCCGACGAGAUCAACACCCGCACCACCGUCACCGUCCUCGCUCUCACCAAUGGCGUCAUGUCGUCCCUCGCCGCCAAGCACCCUCUCUCCGUCAUGAAGAACGUCCUCAGCCUCCACAUCCUCCUCGAUUACUACGACCCCGCCAAGCUCCACAAAAUCUCCGACGGCUCAGUCCUCACCACCACUCUCUACCAAACCACUGGCCACGCCCCCGGAAACCUCGGCUUCGUCAACAUCACCGAUCUCUCCGGCGGCAAAGUCGGCUUCGGCUCCGCGGCUCCCGGAUCCAAGCUCGACUCCAGCUACACCAAAUCCGUCAAGCAAAUCCCUUACAACAUCUCCGUCCUCGAGAUCUCCGCCCCCGUCCUCGCCCCCGGAAUCCUCGCUGCUCCGGCGCCGGCCUCCGACAUGAACAUCACCGCGCUUCUCGAGAAAGCCGGGUGCAAGACUUUCGCCGCGCUUAUCGUCUCCAGCGGCGUCAUCAAGACGUUCCAGACCACCGCCGCCAAGGGACUCACUCUUUUCGCCCCGAACGACGAGGCGUUUAAGGCCAAGGGUGUGCCGGAUCUGACCAAGCUCACCAAUGCCGAAGUCGUUUCGCUUCUUCAGUACCACGCCAUCCCUAAAUACACUCCCAAAGGAGCUCUCAAGACCACCAAGGACCCAAUCAGCACUCUCGCCACCAACGGCGCCGGGAAAUACGACAUCACCGUCACCACCGCCGGCGACCAGGUCACACUCCACACCGGAGUCGCCUCCUCCAGGGUCGCUGACACCGUCCUCGACGCUACUCCCUUCUCCGUCUUCACCGUCGACAGCGUCCUCCUCCCAACUGAGCUCUUCGGCAAGUCACCGUCCCCGGCGCCGUCGAUGGAGCCAGUGGCUGCUCCUUCACCGACACCUGUCCUUGCUCCCAGCCCAGCUUCCGUAGAAGCGCCGUCGCCGAUGGCCGCUUCACCUCCAGCUCCUCCUUCUGAGAGUACUCCGGAGGGAGCUCCAUCUGACGCCCCGUCGUCGGAGGCGGCGGACAGUACUUCGGGGAACGGAGCUGGACACGUGAACUCACCUGCAUUGCUGAUGACACUGCUCACUGUCGUCUCUGUAUCUGCCAUUUCCUCCGUUCUCUUGUCCUGAUUGGUAAAUUCAGUUGUGUCUGUUAAUUUUUAUUUUUUUU